AUGGCGCCUGGAGCCAUCAGCGAGGCUUCCUCCGCCGCAGUUGAGGAUACUCGCCAGAGGAUCGAAGUCAUCAGCAUCAACGGCAAAAAGGUGGAUGACCCCGUCAAUGGCACUAACGGCGUCAAUGACGAGAAGCCGGUAAACGGCGAGUCGCAAACGGAGAAGAAAGAUGGCAAAGAUGAAACCGCCGUCGAGGCGAGAACCGGGGAUGACACCAUGUGGGAUGGGGACAAGGACACCAAGGACGAAACCAUCGAUGAGCCUGAGGAUCAAAUAAUGAAAUGCGAGAUCAAGCAUCUUGAUAGGCGGUACGACGACGAUGAUGAGGCCUAUUUUGCCGAGCGUAAGACCGAGGUCGAAAAGCCGAAACAGAAGGACUGGUGGCGCCUCUUUGCCUUCUGCAUGGUCCGCACCUAUGACUCAGACAACGAGCUCGAAGGAACGAGUCUGUAUGUCAACCCGCAACCCCUCCGCCAGCUCCUCUUCGAUGUCAUUGGCAACUACCCUGGAAAUCCCAUCGAUGUGAACGAUGUUCAGAUCGAGGCGCCGUACCGUUCGCUCUUUUACUACCGCGCUAAGCUGGAAACCGAGGGCCUCGAGCGCUUCGCCGAGGAUGAGGAGUCCCUCGAGCAACUUAAGUUGCUCCUGAACUGGAUCAAGACACACUUCGAGCUGGACAUUGCCGCCUACGAGCGGUGCACUUCGCAACCACACAAGGUCAUCGCUUACGACAGGCUCUGGACCCUCUUCCCUCCCGGAACCGUCGCCUACUGCAAACUCCUGUCUCAAAACCGUGCGUUCCGCGUCAACGACACGUACUACGACACGAGCGAGCUCAGCCCGUGCAUGGGUCUUCGGUCAGAGUUUGUCGACUUUGACGGAGAGAGGCUUGGGACCCGGAAUAUCGAACUGGCUGUCCCCAAGUACCAGGGGACGAGGGAGCUGAGCGACCUGGCUGCGAUCCCCCUCGAUCUCAUUGAUGACGCCAGCGACCUGCGGGAGGAACUGCUCGCGCGCGGUAGAAAGUUUGAGGCCCACGUCGGCCAACACUUUGUUCAGUAUGACGGCAUCGCCAUCAAGAAAACGCCCGAAGGCUACGCCCGCUUCACCGUCAACGGCCGGGUAAUGAUCGAUUGCAAGACGUACCACAGGCUGGAGCCCAACGACUCCUUCAACGCCAAGAACUUCAACGAUGACUCGACCAAGAUGGAACGGAGCCGGAAGCGGGCUUUGGGUCACUUGACGUUUGCGGGGGCUGACGGCGAGCGCAAGUUUGAGAAGCUCUCGGAACAAAAUCUCAUCCUGACCAACGCCACCGUCCGCGGGUAUUCCUUUACCACCAAGCGCUUCCUCGAGUUCUUCGUCGAGGACAUUUCCGAGAUCGAGUGGAACACCAAGUGCUUCGACGAACUAGUGCUCGAUGCUGCCAUCAAGAAGACGGUGCAGGCACUCGUGUCGACUCACUCCAAGAAGCGUGAGACCUUCGACGACAUCGUCAAGGGCAAGGGGAUGGGCCUCGUCUGUGUGCUCCACGGGCCUCCCGGCGUGGGCAAGACUCUCACGGCCGAAUUCGGCACCAACAGCGCAGACCUCGACAGGAACCUGACGCGCAUCAUGGAUAUGACCGCCACCUGGCGUGCCGUCCUGCUGAUCGACGAGGCCGACGUGUUCCUCGAGCGCCGCUCGCUUCACGACAUGCACCGCAACGCCAUGGUCAGCGUCUUCCUGCGCGUCCUCGAGUACUAUUCCGGAAUCCUCUUCCUGACGACCAACCGCGUCACCACCUUCGACGACGCCUUCAAGUCGCGGAUCCACAUCCCCAUCCGCUACACGGACCUGUCGAUUGAGUCGCGCCGCCAGAUCUGGCGCAACUUCUGUCGCAUGGUGCCCGGCGGCGUCGACAUCGACGAGAAGGGCCUGUCGACCCUGGCCGAUACGGACCUGAACGGCCGCCAGAUCAAGAACGCCAUCAAGGCCGCCGAGAGUCUUGCCGCGUUUGACGGCGCCAAGCUGGAUCUGAACCAGCUGCUGCAGAUCACCAAGAUCCAGGCCAUGUUUGAGAGCGACCUGACCAACCUGAGUGGGGUGGAUUACACGGCCCCCGGGUCGAGCAAGAAGGAUGCCGACAGCAGGAAUAUGUUCUUGUAG